AUGUCGGUCUUUGUUAGAAAGGGCGCAGCGGGAAGGGUUAAUGCAGAUCGUCUGUAUGCUUUCAAUAAGACACUUAAAAAAGACGUAUUGCGUGAGCGAAGCUACUGGGAGGUGAGUAAAGACAGUCAUCCAGUUAACCGUUGGUCUUACCGUCGCUGGAAGAGGCGUAAAGAAGAGUUGUCCAUCUUUGAAGAAAGGCUAGACAAGGUGCCUGUUGAUCAAAAAUUCAAGAUAAAAAAGCUGCUGACGGUGGCAAACAUAUCAGUUGUUGGCCCCAUUGUGUUGUUCUUCUAUUUUCUUUUCUGUUACUGGCGUCAUCGUCUUUGGGGCAUCACUCCAAUUGAUGGUGCAAGCGCGAUAGCGAGAGGCGUGCAGAACCUCCCGAGACCACCCGGUUACUAA